CCAAUGCCCUUGUGUAAUUACUCGUCCAAUACCCGGCAUUCCUUCACGUUUGCGCUUCACGAGCGUGCCUUUGUGAGACCGGCACUGCACUCGCGCAACUUCGCGACCAAGCCUCUCGCGCUCGCUUCCUCUCCUCGAGAUAGUGCGAACGGCGUAGACAUGUUGCCGAAGCCGCUGGUUGUCGUGGGCUCCGUCAAUGCCGACCUAGUGCUGCCCAUCGAGCGCCUGCCGAAGCCCGGCGAGACGCUCGCGGCUGCCUCCAUCGAGACCGUGCCGGGCGGCAAAGGUGCUAACCAGGCCGCCGCCGCCGCGCGCGCUGGCUUCCCGACCUUCUUUGUGGGCCAGUUUGGGCGGGACGACCCCAACGCCAGCCUGCUACGCAACGCACUGCUGGGAUGCGGCGUUGACCUGACGCAUGCGGCCGAGGUGGACGGGCCCUGCGGCACCGCGCUCAUCCUGCUGCAGGCGGGCGGCGAGAACAGCAUCAUCAUUGUGGGCGGUGCCAACCAGGCGGCCUGGCGGCUGAGUGACGGCGUCAAGGCGCUCAUUGCGGGUGCGGGCGCUGUGCUGCUCCAACGUGAAAUUCCGGAGCCUGUAAACGUGGAGGUGGCCAAGUUGGCGGCUGCUGCGGGUGUGCCUGUCAUCCUGGAUGCGGGCGGCGUGGAGGGCCCCAUCGACCCCACCAUCCUGCCCUGCCUGGCGCUGCUCAGCCCCAACGAGACGGAGCUGGCGCGCCUGACGGGGCUGCCCACAGACACAGAGGCGCAGGUCCAGGCGGCUGCUGAGCAGCUCAUGUCCGCGGGCGUGAAGAGUGUGCUGGUCAAGCUGGGCGCAGAUGGCAGCCUGCUGCUGCCGGGGCCGGGGCAGCCGCCGCUGAGGCAGGCGGCCAUCAGGGCGGAGCAGGUGGUGGACACGACAGGCGCGGGCGACUGCUUCACGGCCACGUACGCGGUGGCGGUGCUGGAGGGCAAGGCGCCGGCCGAGGCACUGCGGUUCGCCUCCGCCGCCGCCUCCAUCUGCGUGCAGCGCAAGGGCGCCAUGCCCUCGCUGCCAGCGCGGGCCGAGGUGGACACGCUGCUAGCAAAGCAGUGAGCCGCCGCGAGCCUUGGGCUGUGAGCCGUGGGCCGUGUGCGGUGUGUGCUGUCUGGUGUUCGGUGUAUUGUGGGCUCAAUAGCAGCAAACGUUGUGUUUGGGUUGGGUUGGCCUGGGAUUUGCAUACAAAAGGGUGCGGCGAGGCCGUUGGGGCGACGAAAGGCACGCGUAAGUGCCCUGGACUGAACUGCAAGCUGCCGGAGCAGUUACGACAGGUGGGCAGCAUUGGAUGCGAUGGGGUGUGCAAUCGUGAUAAUUGUGAUUACACGGAGGCAUUAGGUUUGUAGCGGCAGCGGGGCGUGGGCCACGCCGGUUGGCCUGUCAUCGGUGACCAGGAUGACUUAAGAGGCUGCUCAGAAGGCAGGAUGACAUGAGUCAAGGCGUGCGUGUUUGCUCGUGCGAGGGAUCAAGUGCGGGAUUUUGCCGUCUCAUCGUCUGGCUUGAUGCGGUCCUGUUAUCGAAGAAUCGAGGAUGCUUUUAAGACGCAUAAUGCGAAGUUGCAAACACAAACAUAACAGCAGGCGGAGCACUGGCUACGGCAGCAGCGGUACGCCUGUCUUUCUAAGACCGGUUGAUUGCUGUCGAUGCUUGCCCCGCCGGUCGGAAAUCUUGCUUGGAUACGUCGAUAAGAUGUUCGGAGGAAAGCGUGGAGAGCUUGGGCAAGGGGUCGCUUGGGCAAGGGGUUGCGGGGGGCGGCUGUUCUGACACACUCCGCGCAGGUGCGCACACCCGCUAAUGCUCUGU